CGCGUCACCACACACAUAUAGACGCACAUGCGCGCGCGCAGGGCACAGCAACACGCCACAUCGAGCAUCCCCUGAACGCAGAAGGGAGCGCUCGUUUCGGGUUGACAAUCGUGAGGAACCACAGCGCUGUGCUCGGUCACGCUUCACAAACAGGACUGCGUGUGUGAGGCUGCGGAAUGAUGCCGGGCCCCGCCGAGCCUUGUGCAUUCUGAGUGCCCCCCCCCCGCUGAGAUCCACCUUGCACCGGCACAAGGACCCCCCACUGACCGCAUCGCCUCCUGCAGCAGCGCAGCCCGCGACACGAUGUCCAGCAGCCCCGAAGGAAGCCUCUCCAGGAGCGGCGGCGGCAGCUCCGACCGCGACUUGAAAAUGGCCUCUUCGAGCAACACGUCCCCGGAGGGCGGAACUCAACCGCCGCUGCACCACGGCCGCAUACGGCAGUCGGACAGUAACACCAGUUUCCUGCGGGCGGCCAGAGCGGGAAACAUCGACAAAGUCCUCGACUUCUUGAAAAACGGAGUGGACAUCAGCACCUGUAACCAGAACGGUCUGAACGCUCUUCAUCUGGCGGCGAAGGAGGGCCACACGGAUUUGGUGGAGGAACUGUUGGAGAGGGGCGCGCCUGUCAACUCCCCAACAAAGAAAGGAAACACUGCCCUCCACAUUGCCGCGUUGGCCGGACAGAAAGAAGUAGUCCGACUACUGGUGAAGAGAGGCGCAGACGUCAACUCUCAGUCACAGAAUGGCUUCACUCCCCUCUACAUGGCGGCCCAGGAGAAUCACCUGGAGGUGGUGCGAUACAUGCUGGAAAAUGACGGGAACCAAAGCAUUGCAACAGAGGACGGCUUCACGCCGCUCGCCAUCGCCCUCCAGCAGGGCCACAACUCCGUGGUCUCCCUGCUGCUGGAGCACGACACCAAGGGUAAGGUCCGCCUCCCGGCUCUGCACAUCGCCGCCCGCAAGGACGACACCAAGUCGGCGGCGCUGCUGCUCCAGAACGACCACAACGCCGACGUCCAGUCCAAGAUGAUGGUGAACAGAACCACAGAGAAUGGGAAGCAGAGCGGCUUCACCCCUCUGCACAUCGCGGCUCACUACGGCAACGUGAAUGUCUCCACGCUGCUGCUGAACCGAGGAGCCGCUGUGGACUUCACAGCCAGGAAUGGGAUAACGCCUCUGCAUGUGGCCUCCAAGAGAGGCAACACGAACAUGGUGGCGCUGCUGCUGGACCGAGGUGGUCAGAUAGAUGCUAAAACCAGGGACGGGCUGACCCCCCUGCACUGCGCAGCCAGAAGUGGACAUGACCCAGCAUUGGAAAUUCUGCUGGAGAGAGGAGCUCCCAUCUUAGCCAGAACCAAGAACGGACUGUCGCCGCUGCACAUGUCGGCCCAGGGGGACCACGUGGAGUGUGUGAAGCUCCUGCUGCAGCACAAGGCGCCGGUGGAUGACGUCACGCUGGACUACCUCACAGCGCUGCAUGUCGCUGCUCACUGCGGCCACUACAGAGUCACCAAGCUUCUGCUGGACAAGAAGGCCAAUCCCAAUAUCAGAGCUUUGAACGGUUUCACUCCUCUCCAUAUCGCUUGCAAGAAGAACCGGGUUAAGGUGAUGGAAUUGUUGGUCAAAUACGGAGCCUCCAUUCAGGCCAUUACCGAGUCUGGUCUGACGCCGAUCCACGUAGCCGCCUUCAUGGGCCACCUCAACAUCGUUUUACUUCUGCUGCAGAGUGGAGCGUCUCCAGAUGUCCGUAACAUUCGUGGGGAGACGGCGCUCCACAUGGCAGCACGCGCAGGUCAGAUGGAAGUGGUUCGCUGUUUGCUGAGGAACGGAGCGUUGGUGGACGCCAUAGCCAGGGAGGACCAGACUCCCCUCCACAUUUCGUCCCGUUUGGGGAAAACCGAUAUUGUCCAGCUGCUGCUGCAGCACAUGGCUCACCCGGACGCUUCCACCACCAACGGCUACACCCCCCUCCACAUCUCAGCCAGGGAGGGCCAGGUAGAGACCGCCGCCGUGCUGCUGGAGGCCGGAGCCUCACACUCGCUGGCCACAAAGAAAGGAUUCACUCCGUUACACGUAGCGGCGAAGUAUGGAAGCCUCGAUGUAGCAAAACUUCUCCUUCAACGCAAAGCUCUCCCCGAUGAUGCCGGCAAGAACGGCCUGACUCCGCUGCAUGUAGCCGCUCACUAUGACAACCAAGAAGUAGCUCUGCUGCUGCUGGAUAAAGGGGCGUCGCCGUAUGCUACCGCAAAGAACGGCUACACUCCUCUCCACAUCGCCGCCAAGAAGAACCAGACCAACAUCGCGUCUGCGCUGCUGCAGUACGGAGCGGAGACCAACGUUCUGACCAAGCAGGGCGUCAGCCCUCUGCACCUGGCGGCCCAGGAGGGACACGCCCAGAUGGCCGGCCUGCUGCUGGGCAAAGGAGCUCACGCCAACACAGCCACCAAGACCGGACUGACGCCGCUGCAUCUCGCCGCCCAGGAGGACCGAGUCAGUGCAGCAGAAGUGUUGGCCAAACAUGACGCCAACCUGGAUCAGCAAACUAAGCUCGGGUAUACCCCUCUGAUAGUGGCCUGUCACUAUGGAAACGCCAAGAUGGUGAGCUUCCUGUUACAGCAGGGCGCCAGUGUCAACGCCAAAACCAAGAAUGGGUACACACCCCUUCACCAGGCAGCACAACAAGGGAAUACACACAUCAUCAAUAUGUUGCUGCAGCAUGGCGCCAAGCCGAAUGCCACUACAGUGAAUGGAAACACUGCUCUGUCUAUUGCCAAACGCCUGGGUUACAUCUCUGUCGUGGACACACUGAAAGUGGUCACUGAGGAGGUCAUCACUACCACAACGACGGUCACAGAGAAACACAAGCUCAACGUUCCUGAGACCAUGACUGAGAUCCUUGACGUGUCCGAUGAAGAAGGCGAGGACACCAUGACGGGUGAUGGAGGCGAGUACCUGAGAGCGGAGGAUCUCCGAGAGCUGGGUGAUGACUCUCUGCCUGGACACUACCUGGACAGCUUCAGCUACAUGAGCCACAACCUGGACAGGCCGCAGCUCACCCCAAUUCACCAAAGCUUCUGUCAGAAGGACGGAGUUCUCAUUGAAGAGAUGCUGACGAGCCACCAGGUGUCCGCGCUGUCCAGAGAACACGACAAGGACUCGUUCCGUCUGAGCUGGGGUGCUGAGCACCUCGACAACGUGGUGCUGUCCUCCAGUCUGCUGCACUCCGGCCGUUCCUCUCCGUGCCUAGACCAUGACAACAGCAGCUUCCUGGUCAGCUUCAUGGUAGACGCCAGGGGCGGGGCCAUGCGCGGUUGCCGUCACAACGGCCUGCGGAUCAUUGUGCCGCCGAGGAAGUGUUCUGCGCCCACGCGGGUGACGUGCAGGCUGGUGAAGAGACACCGUCUGGCCUCCAUGCCCCCCAUGGUGGAGGGUGAGGGGCUGGCCGGUCGCGUCAUCGAAGUGGGACCCACUGGAGCCCAGUUCCUGGGUAAGCUCCACCUUCCCACAGCUCCGCCCCCUCUAAAUGAGGGUGAGAGCCUGGUCAGUCGCAUCCUGCAGCUGGGUCCUCCAGGGACCAAGUUCCUCGGGCCCGUGAUUGUGGAGAUCCCCCAUUUCGCAGCCCUGCGGGGAACAGAGAGGGAGCUGGUGAUCUUGAGGAGUGAGACAGGGGAGAGCUGGAGGGAACACCACUGUGACUUCACCGAAGAAGAACUGAACCAGAUACUCAACGGCAUGGAUGAAAAACUUGAUUCUCCGGAGGAGCUUGAAAAGAAAAGAAUAUGCCGCAUCAUCACCCGAGACUUCCCGCAGUAUUUCGCGGUGGUGUCGCGGAUAAAGCAGGACAGCCAUUUGAUUGGACCAGAGGGCGGCGUCCUCAGCAGCACGCUCGUGCCGCAGGUCCAGGCGGUCUUCCCCGAGGGAGCCCUCACCAAGAAGAUCAGAGUAGGGUUGCAGGCUCAGCCCAUUGAGGUCGAGGUGGUGAGAAAGAUCCUGGGCAACAAAGCCACGUUCAGCGCAAUCGUCACCUUGGAGCCGCGGAGGCGAAAGUUCCACAAGCCAAUCACAAUGACCCUCCCUAUUCCCAAGAGCUCCAAUAGUGACGGGGCCAGCGGCGUGUACAGCGGCGGGACCCCCACCCUACGUUUGCUUUGUAGCAUAACAGGUGGGACGACUCCGGCCCAGUGGGAGGACAUAACCGGCUCCACGCCUCUCACCUUCGUUAACCAAUGCGUGUCCUUUACCACAAACGUGUCCGCGAGGUUCUGGCUGAUCGACUGCAGACAGAUCCAGGAGUCUGUCAGCUUUGGCUCUCAGCUGUACAGAGAGAUCAUCUGUGUUCCGUACAUGGCCAAGUUUGUGAUCUUCGCGAAGACGCUGGACCCCAUUGAGGCCCGCCUGCGCUGUUUCUGCAUGACGGACGACAAGAUGGACAAGACCCUGGAGCAGCAGGAGAACUUCACGGAAGUCGCCCGGAGCCGAGACGUUGAGGUGCUGGAAGGAAAACCCAUAUUUGCCGACUGCUUUGGAAACCUUGUUCCUCUAACCAAGAGCGGGCAGCACCACGUCUUUAGCUUCUUUGCCUUCAAGGAGAACCGACUGGCCCUCUUCAUCAAGAUUAGAGACACGGCACAGGAGCCAUGCGGUCGCUUGUCCUUCACCAAGGAACCGCGCACAUAUCGCACACUAAACCACAAUGCCAUCUGCAACCUUAACAUCACUCUCCCUGCAUACUCAAAGGAGUCUGAUUCAGACCAAGAUGCAGAUGAUGAGAGUGAGAGGAGUGACAAGAAAUUAGAUUGGCAGGAUGAUGCUGACCGGAAAGAGGAGACGUUGGCUAUCGUUGCAGAUCUUCUUGGCUUCAGCUGGACUGAACUGGCAAGAGAACUGGAAUUCAGUGAGGUUGAUAUCCAAUUAGUGAGAACAGACAAUCCUAACUCCCUCCAAGAGCAGAGCCAUGCCUUGCUGCAGCGCUGGGUUGAGCGGGAAGGCAAACAUGCCACAGAGGAUUGUCUGAUUAAGAGACUGACCAAGAUCAACCGCAUGGACAUCGUCCAUCUUAUUGAAACGCAGAUGAACAAGUCGGUUCAAGAGCAGACAUCUAGAACUUAUGCAGAGAUAGAGAAGACACUGGAUCACAGUGAAGUGUCAGUAGCCCUAUCUUUAGUGCAAGAUGAUGCAGACAGCCCCAGAGUUGUGCGACGGGUGGAGUCCGACCGCAGACCACCCCCAGCUGUUUCUGAAGAGGACCUCUCCGUUGCUUCCCUGCUCGAUAUUCCCUCUUGGGCAGAGCCUGUUGGACACACCCUCUCCGACAGCAUGCAUGCUGACCUGAUGGAGGAGCUUGAGAUCCCACAUGAAUUGAACCCUAACAUGUGGACCUCUGAAGAUGUAAUUACAGAGGAAACUGCAAGUUACGACAACUUACAUGAGCAAGCCGAUGAAAUGCACGACCUCCCCACUCGGUCUGUGACAGAAGAAAAGUACCAGGAUGAAAAUGGGCACGCCGUUGUCAAAAAGGUCACACGUACUGUUCUCCGGACGUGUGUUUCCGCCGACGGCGUGGAGCGAGCGUCCGUCAGUGCGGCGGAUGCAGGUGGACACUCUGAGGUUGUGAAGCGGAGCGUUCUGAAGAGUGAAGGGGACGAGACACAGGGGACAUUUUCUGCAUGUGAGGGUUUCUCAGCAUCAAGCCGGGCGACGGCUGAAGGCUGUAAGGUCAGCGGCGUGGAAAGAACAAAGGUGGUGGAGGGUGAAGAGACAAAGACACCGCAGGAUCCAUCUCUGGCCUCCGACCUGCCCUCCGCCCAGAAACAGGGCCCACAUGCGUAGAAGUCGUGCCCUCGGACAGACAAACAGGUCCUUCUAGAAGGCUCAAGACCACGUGACCUCCAGCAGCUCUUUCACCGCUGCAACGAAGAAGAAAAGGACAAUGACGGAGAGGAGGAGGAGGAAGAGUAGAGGAACACUCCUCUAGUCUCUAGCUCUGCCCAUGCUAAUGCCCCCCCCCCCAAUCCUAUGCAUUAGCCACAUGCAAUCCCAGUGUGCACCUCAAAUCUACCCCCGUCUUCCCAUUUUACUCAACUUUUUAAUGACUUUGUCCACAAUUAUUUUUUCUGAUGUUCUCGUUCUCUUCUCACGUUCUGAUGUUGUUUUUUUCUUUUUUGUGACCAAAGAAAGUUGUCCGUUGUUUCCCUUUUUUUUUUUUUAUUCCCGAUGGAGUGAUAGAGGAGCGAAGAGAACCCAGGGAUACUGUUCACACGACCUCAUAAAGAGCACUUCACCUGCACCCCACCGGCGCCCGUCUCCGAGUAGGUGGACAGGACAACGUCUCUCUCACGCUGCACAGCCUCCCACAUAUUCCGGACUUUAAAACGCUCCCUCUCACUAUGCUAGUCUCUCCGCUCUUUCCAUUCAGGAGGUAAAGAUGUCACACAGAAAAAAAAAAAGAGUUGAACUGCUGCUGCUGUGUUUUGUGUCGCCUAUGUGUAAUCUGUCUAUAUGACCUAUAAUCUUGACACUGCGGACAUCGGUAGCCUAGGAAUUAACAAUCGCUCAUGUGACGCAGGGCGGGCAUGACUACUCAACACCACCACGUCAUAGUGACCCCCCCUCCCCGCUUUGACUGCUUUCUAGUCGUACGGAUUUGCCCUCCCGCCUCGCUCUCCUCUCACGUCUGUCUCUCCAUGUUAUUCGGGUUCCAAUGCAUUCACUCUUUCUGUGGUUUUCGUCAGAUCUCGACUGAUGAUGUGUGGGUGAGGCUGUGCUGCGUACGGCAGCGGCGGGAUCGUCAGGAGGGGGGUUUUCUGGCUGGUGAAUUUGGAUUGCGUGUGACGUUUUUUGUCGCGUGUUUUACGAGCGGUAAAAAAUAAAAGAAUGUGUCCCAGUUUCUGUCAGCAGAGAAAAAGAAACAUGUAUUUCCCACCGACUGUGUUUACUCUCCUGGCGGUCGGGAGGGAGCACCUCCUUGCUUUUUGUGCACGGGAUGUAAGUAAAGGGUUGAGUUUAUCUUAUCCACGGAGAUGGUUUCAUUUUGGCAGAUGGUUAAAUACAAGAUAAUGAUGCACACAUGCACGGUGGAGAGCGUAUAGCUACCAUUACUCACAGGCCUGAGCGUCGCUACUGUAUGUAUCUACAACGUGUAAUGUAUUUAUUUCACUGUCACCGUGUCAAAUGCAAAUUAGUGGAAGUUCACUGUGAUAGGUAUGCUUUUCAUUUGAAUAUCAGCAUCCCUUUUGUGUGAUGAUGACAGUUAUAUACAUAUACAAUGCAUAUUCAAAUAUCUACUAGGGCAUGUAUUACUGUAUCAAAGAUCAAAACGACAAAACCAACAUGGCUGCAGUGUCUAUGGCUGAUAGAGAAUAAAAGUCUACCAAUGUA